CUUCCAACAUCCUCAGUAUGCUCUUAAAAUCCAACGUCCGCCUCCCUCGAGUAAACAGCAAAGACAUCGAAGACAAGCGGCGUUUGAAAGCCGAAAACGAGCGGGAAUUCUUCCUGGAGAUCGUCAAAGAUAUGGCUAACGACUUAGACCUAACAUCGCUGAGCUACAAAAUCUUAGUGAACGUGGGGAUCCUUCUGGAUGCGGAUAGAUGCUCGUUGUUUCUGGUGGAGGGUCCGAAGGGGAGGAGGGAGUUGGUGUCGAAGGUGUUUGACGUGCACGCGGGUACGAACGUGAUGCCGGGAUAUGUGGGAGACAAUGUGGUGAGGAUCCCGUGGGGGAUGGGAAUCAUCGGAUACGUGGCAGAACACGGCGUGCAGCUCAACGUGCCAGACGCUUACCAGGACAGCAGAUUCUGUGACGAGGUGGACAAGUCGACCGGGUACCGGACCAGGUCCAUCCUCUGCAUGCCCAUCAAGGACAGCGAGGGCGAGGUCAUCGGAGUGGCACAGGCCAUUAACAAGAACCCCGAUGGAAUGCCGUUUGAUGAAGAGGACGUUAAGGUCUUUGCGACUUACUUGCCGUUUUGCGGCAUUGGCAUCACCAACGCUAAGCUCUUCGACAUUUCUAUGAGGGAGCAGGAGAGAAACAGGAUAUGGAGAACGAAGUGGAGCUACCUAGUACCUGCUAUCGAUCACAACUAUGAAGUUGUAGAACAAGAUGAAAUCCUGAAUGAACCACAGACUGGAGAUCAGACGAGUGCCGGUACGCCUCCUGUGCCUGCUGGUAACAACAUCGCUGAUCCACUCGGUAACGCAAUUCACGACCCUGGUCCCCCACAACAAAAAAAGGACGGAGGUCCCCGCUGCAAAAACGGCUACAAACUACUCGCCGGGACCUGCAUCAGCCUCGUUACCGCGCCUUGGGGGAACUGGUUGUUCGGGAAAUCCCAUGAUGGGGCAAAGGAGGCAUGCAGGAAGGAAGGAGCCACACUGGCCAUGCCGAAAACUGAAGUACUGGACGUCGCUCUGAGAGAUCUGGUCAAAACAGAAGGAGGUAACAAGGAACACUGGAUCGGUAUGGAGGAGAAAGAGGGAACCUGGUAUUGGAUAGACGGGUCGAAGGUCGGCAACAACGGGUACAAGGGAUGGAAUCCAGGCGAGCCAGGCGGGUGGUCGUGUGGACAGUACUGGGCAAAGUCAUCCAGCUGGCUCUCCUCAGGGUCUGGAUACCCCAUGUGGGACGACGAUGCUUGCUUCAAAAAGAAAAGAUUCAUCUGCCAGCGUCCUCCAGCCUAA